AUGGAUCAACAAAAUGCUAAUAAAGGUGGUAACAAAAUUGCUGUUUGUAAAUCUUGUAUUAAAACUCUUGGAGUAUCAAUUGCACUUGAAAAUAAAGAAUCAAUUUUUAGUUUAGAAAUCGCAAAAGAUCGUAAAUCAACCCAACAAAAUGUUAUUAAUGAAAGCAGCACUAAAACUUUUUUAACUUUGGAUAAUCAAUCUACAUCCAACUUAUCCAAUCUAUCUACAAAAACUACUAAGCAAUCAUCUUUAAUUGGAUUUGUUCAAUGCCCAUUAUCAAAAAAUAAUAUUCCAACUUUUGAAAAUUUAAUGUUACGUAUAGUUGUUUCUAAUAACUUGCCAUUUAGUUUUGUAGAAAAUCCUGAAACACAGGAUGUUUUUAAUUUUUUAGCACCAACAGUUAAAUUACCAGGUCAUCGGGCACUUAGUAAGUGUAUUUUAACUAAAGCUAGUUAUGAAUUAAAUCAUACAAUACUUGAUAAAGUACAAAAAGAUUCUGUUGGAGUUACUGCUAUAUUUGAUGGUUGGAUAAAUAUAAGACGUGAGCAUCUUUUUGGAAUAGUAUUAAUUACAUCAAAAGGUGACACUCUUAUUUGGAAAGCAUUUGAUAUUAGUUGUGAACAUUUAAAAACUGAAAAUGUUAUUGCAUAUAUAAAAGAAAUAAUGAAUGAUGCUAAAAACAAUAAUAUUAUGAUUAAUUGUUUUGGCUCAGAUUCAGCUGGAGAAUAUGUGGCAGCAAGAGAAUAUAUCAAUAAAAUAUUUCUUCCUUGUAUGGCUCUUCAAAUGAAUCUGGUUGUAGGCAAUAUUUUUAAAGAAUCAGAUACAUGUUUAGAUAUUUCUAAAAAAGCUAUUCGUAUUGCUUUGGCUGCUAAAUUUGCCCCAUCAUGUCUUAGAGAAAAUUCUCAAUGUUCAUAUGAAAUUGCUUUACCAAAUGAUAUACUUAAUAUUAUUAAUAAUCAAACCUUUUGGACUAAGUUAUAUGAACUUCAAAAUUUGAUUUUACCUAUUUGUGGCAUGUUAAACAAAUUACAAAAGGACAUAGCACGUCUUCAUGAAGCUAUGUGGAUUAAUUAUUAUUAUGAAGCCUGGUUUGAAAUACAUUCAAAAUCUAUUUUACCUGAGCUUAUGUUAUAUAAAAAACAAAAAUCGCUAUUUGAUAUUUUAUUUUGGCAACAGUUUAAAGGUAAAAUUACAGAUUUUUGGGAUUCAGUUGCUGCAUUAGUAAUGGCUCAAUUACAUAAUGAUAUUUUAAGAAAACGCAAAAUCAAACAAUCAGAGUUUCAUCAAAAUAAAGCUAAAAGAAAACAUAUUGCUGAACUUAUUAAUGAAGAAAGCACUUCCUCUAACCAAGAUACUGAUAUAGAUAAUGCACAAAUUACUAAAGAAAAAGAUAAUUUUGAGCAAGAAUUAGAUAAUUCUAACAAUAUAAUUGAAAAUAAAAUACAAUGGGAACAACUUAUAACAAAUUGGAUUGAAUUAGCUGUGCAAGAAAAUAAGUUUGAUAGUAACGAUGAUAUUUACAUUAAUGAUGAUCAUUCUAAUUUAAAUUUUUCUUUUGGUGGACGUGAUAUUCAUCCUGCUGAUGAUAAAGAUGCAAAGUAG